AUGUCUUCCUCUCCUGGGAUCAAGCGUCGGGAACAUGUGGACAUGAUGUACAUCUCCAUUGAGACAGCCAUAGCCCUGGCUUCUGUAGUGGGGAAUGUGCUAGUGGUGCUGGCUGUGUGUGUGAACCGGGCUCUCCGCAACACCACCUUCUGCUUCAUCGUAUCUCUGGCUGUGGCUGAUAUCGCUGUGGGGGUUUUGGUCAUCCCCCUGGCUAUUGUCAUCAGUCUGGAGUUUAACACUCAGUUCUACACCUGCCUCUUCCUCUCCUGCCUGCUGCUGAUCAUCACCCAGAGCUCCAUACUCUCCCUGUUGGCCAUCGCCAUCGACCGAUAUCUGCGGGUCAAGAUUCCCACCAGGUACAGCACCAUAGUGACCCAGAGGAGGGCAUAUGUGGUCGUCUGUCUGUGUUGGAUCCUCUCCUUCCUCACUGGGCUGGUUCCGAUGAUCGGAUGGAAUAACCUCGAUGUUCAAGGAAACCUCAGCAGCUCCAGCAACAUUGUGUGUGAAUUCACCACGGUCAUGAGGAUGGACUACAUGGUGUACUUCAAUUUCUUCGGCUGGGUGGUGGUACCGCUGUCCAUAAUGAUCGCUCUCUACGGGGAGAUCUUUAGGGUGAUCCGACGACAGCUUAACCGGCGCGCUGAAGCCACAUGUGACGGAGACAGGUACUAUCGGAAAGAGCUGAAGCUGGCCAAAUCACUGGCGUUGGUGGUCUUCCUCUUUGCUGUGUGUUGGCUGCCAAUACACAUCAUGAAUUGCAUCACCUUCUUCUGCCCCAAGUGUACCAUACCCAAGUUUGCCCUGUACGUAGGCAUUUUCAUGUCGCAUGUGAACUCAGCGCUCAACCCAAUGGUUUAUGCAUUCAGGAUAAAGCGGUUCCGCAUGACAGUCAUCCAGAUCACUCGUCGCUGCGUGUUAUGUAAACCCACAGAGCCAACUCCAUGCCCCACUAGCACACCAGCCCUGACGGAGAAAGUGGAUGUAAACUUGUAACAAAGAACUGCAGCACUCCUGCGGACAUGGCUUAAAAUGAAACGGUGCAACAGUGACACUCACGGGAUGAGGUCAUGUUUGGAAUAUCACUCCAUUAACCAACGAAAGCAAUGC